AUGAUGACCCAACCUUCGCUGGUCCUGGACGUGCCUCCGCUCAUCGAUCUCAAGCCAUUGCUCUCACGGCUGUGGCCCAUUGGCCAUCCCGAUCCAGUCACUUCAGACGAGAUCGCCGAGGCUAUCUCGUACUUCUUUACGAACCAGGUUACAGAUGUCCAGGCUAGUUCGCUGUUGAUGUGCUUGCACUUUACUGGUCUCGAUAGACAGUCUGAGGUGCUUGCGAAAACAGCCGCGCGCAUGCUUCAGGCGGCUGCGAAGAUAGAUGAGCCAUCGCUUCGAGCAGUUGUCGAGAAGAGGGGUAGGAAGGAGGGAGGGUACAAUGGCGGCCUGGUCGACAUCGUGGGCACCGGCGGCGACUCGCACAAUACCUUCAACAUCAGCACGACAGCCUCCAUCAUCGGCUCCAGCUUGCUGCUGAUUGCGAAGCAUGGCAACCGUGCAUCAACCUCCAAAUCCGGCUCUGCCGAUCUUCUCAACAACAUGCAGCCGCGCGCCCCGCAAAUAGCUCGUAUCCGCCCGGACACCAUCGCAGACCUGUACUCCCACACCAACUAUGGCUUCCUUUUCGCACCGGUCUUCCAUCCGGGCAUGCGCCAUGUAGCCCCAAUCCGUCGCCAACUUCCCUGGCGCACCAUCUUCAAUCUCCUCGGCCCUCUCGCAAACCCAGUCGACCUGCGCAGCGACCCCUCACAGCCCUCCCUCCUCGAAGCCCGCAUGAUCGGUGUCGCGCGCAAGGACAUCGGCCCGGUAUUCGCGCACGCCCUGCAUCUUGCGGGCACCCGCAAAGCCCUGGUCGUCUGUGGCGACGAAGAGCUCGACGAGAUCAGCUGCGCAGGCGACACGCUCUGCUGGCGCAUCUCGCCUGACCCAACAGACCCAACCGGCGUCCGGACCAUCACCGAACACUUCCGCCUGCACCCCCGCGACUUCGGUCUACCUGCCCAUCCGCUGUCCGACGUCUCCCCGGGCAAAGAGCCGGCCGAAAAUGCGGCCAUUCUGUCGCGUAUUCUCAACGGCGAGGUGCCCGACGACGAUCCCAUCUUACACUUUGUGCUUAUCAACGCGGCUGCGUUGUUUGUAGUAUCAGGCAUAUGCGAUGCCGAUACAAGCAAUAUGGGUCCCGGUGACGACGGCCAGGUAAUCACGGAGCGUGGACCAGGCGGCGGAAGAUGGAAGGAAGGUGUGCGACGGGCACGGUGGGCCAUUAAGAGCGGCGCAGCAGCGAGAGAGUGGGCGAAGUUUGUUGAGGUUACUAAUGAGUUCAAUGAGUAA